AUGGCGUGGUCAGUACACUGGGGCCUCCUCCUGCUCUGCAUAGUGAUCCUCUACUGCCAACCAGUGUCCACCGGCAACUACAGCUCCCGGGGGCAGUCAGGUUCGUCACAGGUAAAGACAGGUACCUGUGAAGUAGUGGCUGCCCAUCGCUGCUGCAAUAAGAACAAGAUUGAGGAGCGCUCUCAAACAGUCAAGUGUUCCUGCUUCCCUGGUCAGGUCGCCGGGACAACAAGGGCAAUGCCCUCUUGUGUUGAAGCAUCCAUCGUGCGUCAGAAGUGGUGGUGUCAGAUGCAGCCCUGUGUGGAGGGAGAGGAGUGUAAAGUACUGCCGGAUCUCACUGGCUGGUCCUGCAGCUCUGGAAACAAAGUCAAGACCACCAAGGUGGCGCGGUAG